UAUUUUUUCAUUUUUAUUAUUGCUUUUUGGGGAAGACAUUUUUGUCUGUCCAUUUAGAAUGUAAAUGAAGGCUUUAUUCUCUCAAUUUAAACGAGAUUAGUCGUUUCACAUAACACAAUUAAUAACUAAAUCAACAACUAUAGACUAUCGAAAAUGAAAGAAAUAUAAUAUGACAAAUUAUUACAAACAAAUCGUUAUUUUCAUAUGAAUUAAUACAUCGGGAAAUCAUUAAAUGCCAUGUUUUAGCGCUUUCAUGGUUUUUGCAAGCUAUACACUAUUUGAUGCGGAUCGGUUGUUGUUGUUUUUCAGCUGGAAAAUGAUUACCUGACUUUGUAUAGGACAAACAAGCAGUCUGAUAUUACGUUUACUCAGCACGGGAGCCAUCUGGAUAACAAGUCAAAACAAUGAGGGUGCUGCUAUUGUUUUGGUUUUCCACAACGGAACUUGCUUCAGCAGGAGACAAAAACCAACUGGGGGAGAGAAAAAAAAACGUUUUAAGUGUAUAUAGAAAACAGGAUGCAGGAGCUUGAAUGUACAAUUCAAAGUCGCAACACGUUGUACUUUGGCAGGGAAUAGAGAGCCUCGUUUGUCAUCCGUUUGCCAAUAAGGCAUAAAUGUAGCAUAUAAAAUAUUUAAAUCAAUGGUUGUUGUUGGAUUAUGUGGGAAUGAUGCUUUUGCUAAUUUUACUGCAAAUCUCUGUCUGGGGAGCCACUGGAGCAGACACUGGCGGAGAAGAAACGGUGUGCACAUCCAAUGCCUGUUUCACUUUUCAUAUAGAGGGAGUCAGCUUCGAAGACGCUCGUAUGAAAUGUGUAGAUAACGGGGGUUACUUGGUAACAACUAAAGACAAAGCUGAGGAAGCAGAGCUUCAAUCAAUCCUUACACAGAUCGAUUUAAGGAAUCGCAAUUUGGACUACAAAUGUUGGAUCGGACUGCAAUUACAUAAAGGGGACUGCAUUAUAACGGGCUUGAGUCUCAGAGGUUUUAAGUGGAUAUCUGGAAGUGAAACAUCCCAAUAUUCCAACUGGGAGAAGGAACCUCGCAGCACCUGCACAGAAGAGCGUUGCGUAUUGGUAUACUAUUCUUUAUCCGGUCGCAAUGAUUUAAAAUGGACGGAUGGAUCUUGCAAAGAAAAGGCUUUUUACGCUUGCAAAUUCUACUUCAAGGGAAUGUGUAAACCUUUGUUGUUGGCAGGAGGGGAGCAAGUGAAUUACAAGCUCCCAUUCUCAGCAAAUCCAUUAAAUGAGGAUAAUAACUUGACCGCGUUUCCAUUUGGAACAUAUGCUGAAAUAAGAUGUAAUGGCAAUGACCACUUUUCUAUUUGUAAGUUAACGGAUGGUGUCUAUGGCUGGACUAUCCCCGGUCCGUUUUGCGCCACGGAUAAACAGAGUUGUGGCUAUAAAAACGGUGGAUGUGAUCAUGUGUGCUUUGAUAGUGACCCCGGUGGUAUUCGUUGUGGAUGCAAGGACGGUUAUGUGUUAGGACAGGACAGAGUAUCUUGUGACUUAAAGGAAUAUUGUCACAGUUCUCCAUGUCAAUACCAAUGCGUAACAGGACAAACGGGGUUCUCCUGCGUAUGCCCAAGCGGCUUCCAAUUGGAUAAAGACCAAUUUGGUUGUAUCGAUGUCGAUGAAUGCCAAAUGAAUGCCUGCGACGGUAAUCAUUGCGUCAAUACCCAAGGUAGUUACACUUGUAAGUGCAAUAAAGGCUACAGAAUGGUUGAGGGCAAAUGCCACGAUAUAGACGAGUGCACUGAAACUAGAUGUCCACAAAUAUGUCUUAACUCUGAAGGAUCCUUCUCCUGCCAUUGCAUCGCAGGGUUCACUGUGUCCGAGGACGGUCAUACUUGUAUAGAUAUAGACGAAUGCCUCAGUAAUCGAUGCGAGGACAAAUGCACUAAUACCAUUGGUAGUUUCAUGUGUUCCUGCCAUCAGCACUUCCGGUUACACCCUAAUGGUAUCACCUGCAUUCGAGAUGUGACUGUUGUUUCCACUGUUGAAACGUCAAAUGUUUAUAGAGACAACGACCAACACGACGAGACCAUUGACACUAUAACCAUAUCUAAGGUUGAAUUACAGAACGAGCCUCAGUUCACCGACGGACCACCUCAAGGCACUAUUACGCAGGACAUUACGCGCGAGGAGCCAUCCAGCAAAACCACUGGAACUAGUUGGUUUACGCAUAAUGGCUCUUUUUUGAGCUCGUGGCUGUUUAUUGGCAUUAUUGCUUCUCUUGUUCCACUACUUCUUCUAAUUGCAGUAACCUCUGGUAUUGUCAUGUUUCGAUGUAGUCGUUCAAAAAGAGAAGCGAGGAAGAAAAUCGCCACUGCUGACAGUUAUUGUUGGGUGGCUUCUGGUAUAGAGACUCAGUUGGAAAAAUUUGACGGGUCACUUGAAAGCACGGCGUGAAAUAGUGUCAACUCGGGAAUGUAAAAACAAUAUAAUUCUGACAUUGCAUUAUUUACGAAUAUAUAAAUAAAACGUGUUCAUAAAAUUGUUUU